CACAGGAAGCGGUGACGCGCUGCGCAGAGAAGCCGGAGCCGAGGGGAAUGGUGUUUUCUUUCUUUUCUCUUUUAGUUUAAACCCGGGGCUUUAUUCUUUAGUGUUUUUUUAAAAGAAACAUUUCAUUUUAUAUAUGUAUAGUUUCUCCCUUUUCCUCGUUUUACCUUGCUUCCCACGGGCGAUUUAGUUGUGUCGAUUUGGAGACGGGGGGGGGGGAUAAUAUUAGGCUUUUUUUCAUUUUUCUUGGAGACAGGCUAGCUGUAUUUUUGUAAUCAACUUGCUCCCCCCCAGCUCAGUACAAGUCGGCGUGAUUGUUCGAUUUAUUUCGCUUUUUUCCGCAACCGAGUGGCCACGGACUUGAGAAGUCGAGGAGCCGAAUGAGACCGACAAUUUCUUAAAAGUUCUUCAGAGAGAAAAAAAAAUCGGGUCGUGUUUCUGUGAAUGAGGACGCUUUUCCACGCAGGCCUGCUCUGACGCCGCUCACCAUGCCCGAGGAGUGACCAGGUGUUCGGCACAGCGCGGCUACACCGGUGGUUUUCAUGAUAUGGAAUGCAAGUUAACCACGGCCCAGCCGAAGAGUCUGCUGUAGACGGUUCCCCCGAUUCUUGAAGAGCGUGGGCUCUGUCGCAUUAGAGUCGAUUAGAGCUACAGCUUUGGCAGCGGGACCCAGGGAGCUCUGGCCCCCCGGCGCGGCGAACAUGUCCAGCAGCGGCAGCCCCCACGAGAGCCUGGACAUCAUGAAGGAGAGCGAGCGGAAGCUGGUGGAGGAGGCGCUGGGCAAGAACAAGCUGGCGGUGCGGGCGGCCGCCAAGGAGGGGUGCGACAAGGAGGGCGAGGAGUCGGGCACGCCGCAGGACACCCAGCGGAGAAACCAGAACCACGGGCACGGCAGGAAAAGGGCCAAGUCAAAUGCCAAAUUAAAGCUGGUGAGGAGCCUGGCGGUGUGUGAGGAGUCCUCAGGACCUUUCUCAGGAGACGGCCCUUCAGAAUCACAGGACAUCAUUCAGCUGCACAUUAGCUGCCCUUCCGACAAGGAGGAAGAGAAAUCCUCGAAGGAUGAGUCGGAGAAGGAGGAGAAGGAAAAGAACAAGGACAAGGCUCCUCGAAAGAUGCUGUCUCGCGACUCCAGCCAGGAAUACACCGACUCCACGGGCAUUGACGUCCACGAGUUCUUGGUCAACACACUGAAAAACAACCCCAGGGAUAGAAUGAUGCUGCUAAAACUGGAACAGGAUAUCCUGGAGUUCAUCAAUGAUAACAGUAACCAGUACAAGAAGUUUCCUCAGAUGACUUCCUACCACCGGAUGCUCCUGCACCGGGUGGCUGCGUAUUUCGGGAUGGACCACAAUGUGGAUCAGACCGGCAAAGCCGUCAUCAUCAACAAGACCGGCAACACGCGCAUCCCUGAGCAGAGGUUCUCAGAGCACAUCAAAGACGAGCGGAACAUGGACUUCCAGAAGAAGUUCAUCUUGAAGAGAGAUGACACCAGCAUGGAUAAAGACGACAACCAGAUCCGAGUCCCGCUGCAGGACGGGCGCAGGAGCAAGUCUAUCGAGGAGCGGGAGGAGGAGUACCAGAGGGCGCGGGAGCGGAUAUUCGCUCGGGAAGUCUUUUUUUCUUUUCAGUCAUCCCAGAAUGGAUACAUCAACGACAACAGACUCUCCAUUGAAGGCUUUUCCUCUAGCUCUCAAAAAAGGAGACAGAUCUUUAGGGGGAACCGGGAGAGCUCCAGCCGGGCCUCCAGCAGCCGCCAGAGCAGCACGGACAGCGAGCUCAAGUGCCUGGAGCCGCGACCCUGGAGCAGCACCGACUCGGACAGCUCCAACCGCACCCUGCGGCCCCCGGUCACCAAGGCCAGCAGCUUCUCCGGCAUCUCCAUCCUCACCCGGGGUGACAGCAUUGGCAGUGCCAAGGGGGUGCCCGCUGGCUGCAGGAUCUCCCGCACAGGGCUCCCUAUUACCACCGCUGAUGCAGUCGCCCCGUGUUCAGCGCCCCAGCCACCCCGCAGCCUGCUCCCCUGCCCCUCCAGCCAAGCACAGCCCCAGGGACAGCAGGCACAGCCCCCCCAGAGCGCCCUGCUGCCCACCCCUCCGCAGCCUCCCAUGAGCAAUCACAUGAUGGCUCAGCCGGUGGCGUCUCUGCAGCCCGUGGCGUCUCUGCAGCCCUCUCCGCAGCCAGUGCAGUAUUCCAGCACCUCCUGCCCCCAGGUCAUCCUGCCAGUGUCCCCCCCCCAGCAGUACAACAUGACUGAGGAUUUGGGUCCGCAGUUCAGUCAGAUGACCCUGAGCCGGCAGGGCUCCAGCGAGGCCCCGGAGCCCCCAUCACUGUUCCAGCCUCCCUCCGUCCUGCCCCAGCACCCUCCGCCCCAGCCCAGCUACAUCAUGGCCUCGGGGGCCCAGCCGAUGCCCGCGUCCGCCUUCCAGCCUGGCUCUGCCCACGCUCACCCCCCACCCCCUCCGCCCCCGCCUUCGCAGCCUGUCCUGCAGCCGCCACCGCCUCCGCCACCCCCCCAGGGGUACAUUCAAACCCCGCCCCCGCCCCCUCAGCAGAUUCAAGUGUCCUACUAUGCUCCGGGGCAGUACCCCACUUCAGGACAGCAGUACCGCCCGCUCUCCCACCAGGUGUCCUACCCGUCCCAGCGCUCCCAACCCCUCGCCCAGCCGGCGCAGCAGUCAGCAGGACUCCAGACCAUGCUGCCCAAUCAGCAGCAAGCGUAUCAAGGCAUGAUGGGAGUCCAACAGCCACAGAACCCCAGCCUUCUCAACACCCAGCGGGGCAACAUGGGAAACCAGAUGCAAGGCAUGAUGGUCCAAUAUCCACCGCUGCCUUCAUACCAGGUGCCUGUGGGCAACGAAUCCCAACAGGUGGUCCAGCAGACAUACCAGCAGCCUGUGAUGGUGCCUGCCAGCCAGUCUGUGCAGGGGGGGCUGCCAGGGGGCGCAAUGCCAGUCUACUACAGCGUCCUCCCCCCAGCACAGCAGACCAGCACAAGCCCAUCGGUGGGCUUUCUGCAACCCCCCAGCUCUGAGCAGUACCAGAUUCCACAGUCCCCCUCUCCCUGUAACCCGCCACAGAUACAGCAGCAAUAUUCAGGUGUGGCCCCUCCAGGUACAGGUGUGGUGGUGAUGCAGCUGAGUGUCCCCAAUGGGCCCCAGCCCACCCAGAGCCCCUCUAUGGUCCAGUGGAACCACUGCAAGUAUUACAGCGUGGAGCAGAGAGGACAGAAGCCUGGGGAACUGUACAAGACAGAUAGCAGCUCGCAGGCCAGUACGCAGAUCAACAGUCCCCUGGCCUCGCCCACGCAGUCGCCCACACCCUCUCCCUCAGGCAGCGUCAGCAGUGUGUGUCCUGGCCUCGGACCCCUCCCCCUCAUCACACAGUUUUCCCGCCCCCUGGGGCCCGCACAAGGUGAUGGUCGAUACUCGCUGCUUGGUCAGCCCUUACAGUACAGCCUAUGCCCCCCUCAGCUGAUCCACAGCCAGUCCUCGUAUCCCACACACCAGGGACAAACUGGAAUGAAGCACGGCACGCGAGGGAAGCGACAGACCCUGAAAUCAGCAUCCACAGACCUGGGCACCAACGAUUUAGUGGUCAGCCGCGUGCUGGAGGUGACGGACCUCCCCGAGGGCAUCACGCGCACGGAGGCCGAGAAGCUCUUCAACCAGCUGGCCAUGUCAGGCGCCAAGAUCCAGUGGCUGAAGGACACGCAGGGCAGGGGCGACGGCGGGGGCGGCAAGGGCGACAACGACCCGGCGCACCUCUACACCGUGGUGGCCGUGUUCCCCAGCACCAUGGCCGCCCAGAGCGCUUCCUUCAAACUCAAUAACUCCACCAGCCGCUUCAAGCUGCGCGCCACCAAAAAGAACUAUGACCUGCGGAUUCUGGAGCGGGCCAGCUCGCAGUAGGGCAGCGGGGCAGGGUCGCGGCGGGGAAAACGAAUCGUCUCGACAAAAGGGAGGAGAAGUUCCAGAUUGGCGUACUCCAAAUUUCUAUUUUUUUUUAUUUACCUUUGUUUUUUGGGUCUUUUUUUUUUGUCAGAAGAGCACACAAGACACGCGAGCAUGCGUGCGGUUUGAUGCGCGUAUGUGUGUGGAGCAUUUACUGACCGUGUGCGCGUGCCCACCCACCCACACGCACGUACGAUGACCCGACGCGCGGCGCACACGAGGACACACUGGACAGUCGACCUCACUUUACCCACAAUCCCCCACCCCACCCCCCAAACUUGUCCUCCAUCUUUUAUUUUCUGCUCCUCUGCUACCUCCCCCUUGUCCUGUUUUCUCUACUCAAACUCCCGGUCUCUUGCACCCUCACCUUCCCUUCUCACUCAUACUCUCACGACUUCUCCCCUCUCCUGGCGCACUCUCGCUCUCUCUCACUGUAGCGCACACCUCUCUCUCUCUCUCGUUCUCUCUUGGCUGCCUCCGUUGGCUUCUGUUUGCCUUACUACUGCUGUGGCUUCAUGUGCUGCGCUGUUGAUCUUUUCUUUAUUCUGUUUCUUCGUUCGUUUUCGUUUUUUUGUUUUCUGUUUUUUUUGGUUGAAUAUAUUUAUAUAAGUGAUUUAAGGAUUUAAAAAUAUAUAUAUUCAGUGAUUUCAGUGGAAGAGUUUAUCCCUCCCGUCCUCACCACACACUCUCGCCCUGCUCAUUCUCAGCCCCUCGCUUUCCCCUUCCCCUGCCUUGCCUCUUCUUCCUCCAUCUUCCUGCUCCUCCUCCUUGAUCUUUUCUCUUUCUUGUGUUUGCGUUUUUCGUUGACAGCUGUGCAGAACGUAUCAGAAGAAGUAUUUAAAAAGUGCACAAUUGAUUGCAUAUGUCUACUGUAAAUUUUAUUUAAUCUGUUAUUUUUGUUUUUAAAAAUAUAAAAGUGAAAAAAAAACCCUG